AGAGAAGCGGGAGGGGUGAACCGGGAGGGGGAAAACGGGGAAGGGAGAGCCGCCUCCAGCCGCCGCCGGCCUCGCGCAUCCCUGACGCGGCGCUUUGUCCGCUGCCGGCGGCGCUGAGGCGAGGCGGUUCCGCGCUGAGGGGCGCUCGCGCGCCUCGCCGGCGCUUCUUUCUCCCUCCCCCUUCCCUUCCCCUCCCCGAACCCCCCGGGAAGCGGCUGGCUGCGGGCUGCCUCUCGCUCCCCUCCCCUCCCUUUUCAUUUUUAUUUUAUUUUAUUUUAAUUUAACCCCCCCUCCCUCCCUCCCGCGCGGCGGCGGCCCGCCUAACCCCCCUCCCCCCCCCCCCGCCCCUCCCGCCCCCGCAGAUUCCCCCUCACCCUUCCCGCUCCCGUCAUGGCGACAUGAGGAGCCCGCCGGCCGCCGCCGCCGCCGCCCCGGGCAUGGGCCCCGCACGGUGCUGAAGCGCCGCGGAGGAGCCCCGGCGCCGCCGCCCCGCCAUGGGGUGCUGAUGGCCGGGCCCCGCCGGGCACCCCGCCGCCGCGCAGGGGAGGUAGCUGUAUCCAGCUGGGUGGCAGGUGGAUCCAAGGGUUACCAUGAAGUUUUCAGGAGCCCUGGAGAGCCAGAGGUUGUCUCUCCUUCUGGAGAUGGCAAUCUCUAGGGAAGCUCAAAUGUGGAAAGCACAUGUGCCGAAAAUUCAGCCCAAUCAGGAUGUAGCCAUUUCUCCAAGGCAGAGGGAUGAGGUCAUCCAGUGGCUGGCCAAGCUCAAGUACCAGUUCCACCUUUACCCAGAAACGCUCGCCCUGGCCAUCAGCCUCUUGGACAGGUUUUUAGCAGCAGUAAAGGCCCGUCCCAAGUACCUGAACUGUAUUGCAAUCAGCUGCUUCUUCCUCGCUGCAAAGACCAUUGAGGAAGAUGAGAGGAUUCCAGUACUGAAAGUGUUGGCUCGGGAUAGCUUUUGUGGUUGUUCUCCAGCUGAAAUUCGCAGAAUGGAGAAGAUCAUCCUGGAUAAACUGAAUUGGGAUCUUCACAUGGCAACGCCACUGGAUUUCCUUCAUAUUUUCCACGCCGUGGCGGUGUCCAGCAGGCCGCAGCUCCUGGCCCUGCUGCCCACGCCGAGCCCCUCGCAGCACGUGGCGGCGCUCACCAAGCAGCUGCUGCACUGCAUGGCCUGUUUCCAGCUGCUGCAGUUCAAAGGCUCCAUGCUGGCGCUGGCCAUCGUCAGCCUGGAGCUGGAGAAGCUGCUCCCCGACUGGCUGGCUCUCAUCAUCGAGCUGCUCCAGAAGGCACAGAUGGACAGCUCGCAGCUGAUCCACUGCCGGGAGCUGGUGGCACAUCACCUUUCCACUCUGCAGCCUUCUCUGCUGCCCAACUCUGUAUAUGUCUACAGUCCCCUCCAGCAGACCCUGGUGACCUGUAACAGAGGAGCGUUCCACCGCCCGCCCUCCUCUGUCCCAGGGCCGGGUUUCUCCCAGGACAACGGCCGGCCAGAAGCGCCCGUCACAGCUACAGCCGCGCUCUGCCCGCGCCUGCCCGCCCCCGCCAGCGGCUGCAAGCCAGGCUCCGCCAAGCGCAAGGUGGAAGAGAUGGAAGUGGACGACUUCUACGACGGCAUCAAGCGCCUCUACAACGAAGACCUGGCUCCGGAGGCAGCGGCCCUGGAGAACGUGGGCUCUGUUUGCGGCGCCGACGUCUCGCGGCAGGAGGGCAGCGCGUCCCCUUGCCCGCCGCUGCAGCCGGUGUCUGUCAUGUAGCUGUGAGUGCCACCACGGGGCCUGGCAGCCCGUGGCCUCAGCGGGGCGAGAAGGGGCCUUACCUUGUCAGGCUGAACUGAAGGGAGCCAAAAGAAAACCAGGAAAAAAAAAAAUAUCCCAACCCUUUUUUGAAUUUUAUUUCUUGUGCGGCUAAUUAUAGUUCCACUAUUUAAGCACUUAAAAACACAAAAAAGUAUAAAAAUCUAAAAAAAGACCCAAAAACCAAACAAAAAAAGUAGCAAAAACCUGUUCCUUUCUAGUGUUGUCGGUUCCACUGUUUUUCUGCUCCUGUGUGUUGUAACCCAUUCUCCACAUCCGAGAGCUCGCAGAUCAGCCCUGCAGAGCUGUUCCAGGUUUCCCAGCCACCUAAUGCCUCUCUGAUCCCAUUCUCACCCGCUCCUUGCUCCCUUUCUGCCUGCUCCUCUUUUAGUUCUUGGCCAGUCUCGUGCGUGACAUUCUGUCCUGCCCCACCUCCACCACAGCUUUCUUUUGCCCUUUUAAACAGAAAACCUCUAUCAUUUAUAGUUGGGUGUUUAAACAUGAUAAUAUUGAAAAACUGGAUUUAAACACAAGAUUAGGCAGGAAAAAAACCCAAACCAGUGCUUGCAAACUUCUCCACACUUCAGUAAUUCCCACAGGAGUGUGAAGGUGCUCUGUGCCUCGCACAGAGACUUCUCCCUCUUAUACUAGUUUGCCUCUCCAGCACAGAAAGCAAUUACGGGGUUUUUCAUCACUAGAACUGAAAACCUUGUUUUUUCUUGCUGUGUGCAGUCUGUGUGGAUUCUCACCAAGGCUUGGUUCUCUGCAUCAAAUGUAACCACUGAAUAGUGCAGAGCCUGGUUCUCCUGCACGUUUCCCAGCACUGCUGGGUGAGGUGCCGGGCGGCUGCAGACGCCUGAGGUUUGGAACAAGUGUCAACAUCAGGCACAGAACCAAAACAAAACACCCCGACCCUCGAGUUUCGUGUUCAUGUAACUUCUAACCAAGAGUCUGACCUUUAACAUGUCUCCUCCAUGUGACACCCUGUUCUCAGAACACCCUGUCCCGACUCUAAGCUCUCUCCACAGCCCUGAGGAAGGUAUCGUAUCCAGAGCCAUUGUACUGAUGAAAGCCUUCUGGUAGCAAUAAAGAAAGUUGUCCUGGA